GGAAAAGUUGAGAUUUGAUCUUUUUGCCUUUUUAAUUUAGUUUGUAAGAAGAUGACGCGUCUCUUCCAUCACCUGAGGCCGGAGGUAGAAACAUUACCUUGAGAAUAAAAAUGCCCGCCACAAAAGUGAUCAAGCAAAAACCAGUGGAGGCUCCAAGAAAGACCCUGGAGAAACCCAAACCGGUGAAGGUAAGAGCGGUUACCGGAGCGGAGAGCGACCUCCGGGUGCCCGCUGUGCGUAAAAGCCGCGCGUCGAGCUGCCCGCGGUGUCCGCAGCGGGGGGACCGGAGCGAGACGAGGACCAGGUCCAGCUCCAUCGCCCCCAAAGUGACCUCACACUGGCCCAGAACCAACCCGGACCAUCGGAAGGGGACCAACUCUGUGAAACAUGCCGCUGCCGCCCACCCAGAGUGCCGGGAGAUGAUGACCGCCUGUCCGGGCCCGAGGGAGCAGCGGGGAGGCAGAGCUGAGGCAAAACAUGCGAGUCAGAGGUGGCUGUAUGAGUCUGGAGGAAGUACGGUCGAAGCAGCAGCAGGAAAUGAUGCAGGCAAAAAGAAAACAGAAACCGAUGAAGACGCAGGUGAUGGAGCAAACUGUCCUGAAUAGCUGAGCGUCCCCUCUCCUCCCGUCUCUGCCGGCAGCUCCACUCUACUCUACUCUAGUCGUUGGACACUCACAUGGUUUCCAACUGGAUUCAAAUCACACGUAUUUAAAUACACAAUGUAAAUAGCACCUGGUUAGAAAAAAUAUGUACACGUUACAGUAUUUGUAUAUAAAGCGUGACACUGCUUGUGUGCAUUCUGACAUUACUGUGGACCCGUUAUGGAGAUUUCAUACAGCAUUACAUUAUAAGUUCUGUAUAGUUGUUUAGUAUGUCAUGUAUUUUGUAUAUAAUAUGUAUGUCAUGCACAAAUUCUAUAAUUUAAAGGGUUAGUUCACCAAAUUACACAAACAAAAACAUUUUCUCACUCUCCAAUAGAAGUAUUUAGAUGUGGAUUUUUCACAAACUGGUAACACAAAAGUUUUUUUUAUUCAUCUUUGGAUCUAAAAACAUUACGAAUGGAUUGAUAAACCCUUAACAAAGCCAUUACUUAAAUGCAGUGGUUCUCAAACU